UUGAUAUUCUAUCAGUUGAUGGAACCUGCAGCCUUCUUUAAAGAGAUCAAAAUUAGGAUGAUUAUAUAUUUAUAUGCAAAAGAAGACAACAUCACAUACACUAAGAGCAUCUCCAAUGCUAUAAUGUCCACGGUGCACAUGUGGCAUGAGUGAUAGCCACAUAAGUAUUAGCAAAUAAAUUAUUUCUCUCCUUAUUUGAAUGAUUUUAUACAAUUUUGGUAAGUUUUUCCCUGCAAUGUCAACAACAAUGUCAACAUUAGACGGUCUCAUUGACAUUGUGGACAAAAACUUACCAAAACUGUAUAAAAUCAUUUAAAUAAGGAGAGAAAUAAUUUAUAUACUAAUAUUUAUGUGGUCAUCUCUCAUGUCACGUGUGCACCGUGCACAUUGUACCAUUGAAGAUGCUCUAAUAGUCAUAUCAGCACAAAAAUAUAACUUGGCAUAUCUAUAACUACAAAUCCAUGAUUUUUCCAUCAGGCCAUUUUCAACUUGGCACAUUGAUUAAAUAUACACUCUUAUCUCUUUAAAUAUAAAAAUUAUACAAAACCCACCAUUAAUGUAUAGCAAUUAGGCCAAUCCUCUUGAAGAUAUGAUGAACCCCAAUUUCUGGUAUCAAAACUCUGAUCUUGUUUAUCAUCUACAAGCUGAUCUCUUGAUGAGCUCCAAAACUGGUACAUAUCAUCUUCAGUUGUCUCGAGAAGUGGAGGCCGGAGCUGCCGUUGCCGGCGCCGGCGCCGGCGACGGAGAUGGAUCGAUUAAGACAACGUUAGCGCGACAAAUCGGGCAACUGGGUUGGGAUUUCAGCCACGUGUCAAUACAUAGGAGGUGGAAGACAUGGCUGCACUUAGGCAGCAACCUAAGAUUCUCGUCUUCCACAAACUCCGCCAAGCAAACAGAGCACUCUGUGUCCUGGACUUGGACACCUCCUCCGUCUCCGCCGCCGACGCCGGCGCAGGGUUUCUUGUACUUGAAAACCUUUAUGUUCUUCUUAACGAUUUCCGCCGCAUCUUCCGCCGGAACGGCCACCGGCGGAGUUUCCUCGCGAUUUGCUUCCAAAUCUCGCUGCCGCCUCCGCCGUCUUCUUCUGGUGUAGUUGGUGCAUACGGUGUAGAAGGUGACGAAGAACAGAGCACUUGCCAGAAUGGUGAUGAUGACUAUGAUGAGGGGGGAGAAAUUGGGGCCGGAAUCGUCAUCGGACGGUGGCGGAGGAAGGAGGUUGAUGCACCAUUGAAGACAAUUUUUGGUGCAGAUCAUUUCUGAACAACCGCCAUGGCCGCCGCUGCUAUCAUACACAUAUGGUGGCAGAGGUUUGGGAAGCCCAACUGAACCCAUAUCCAAGCUUACCCCAGCUUUAUUAUGUAUACUAUGUUUCCUAAAUCAAACUCCAAUUAUUGUAUCGGAGCUGCGGACAAAACGAAAACAAAAAGAAAGAGCGAAAGGAAAAAGAAAGAGACAAGAAGAAAUGGGACGAGAUCUGUAAAUCUUGGGGGGGGGGGGGGGGGGGGGGGUAUAGGUAGGGAACGAUGCAAAAAGAAGCAAAGCAGAGAUGUGAGCAAAGUAGAGGAAGUGGUUGAAGUGUCAUUUUUUGCCAAAAAGAAAAAUUGUUGCGUUGGCUGUUGAUUAUUAGAGAAAAAAGGAUGACACCCCAUCCCUGAGGGCUCCCCAACACCGACCGGACAGCACGAUGGGAGGAUGUAAAUUGGACUAUAAUCACAAUCUGACAGAUAGAGAGUGGGGCUCUGUCCCCGGUACUUGCAGAGGCCCUAUGCAUUUUUCAGCAUAGUAACCCCUCAUCGCAGUUACCGGGAUUCGAACCCGAGACCUAACCCUUGUGGCACUCCCUUGCUACCAGUUGAGCUACGCCCACCAGUGAAAAAUUUUUAUAUGUAAAAUUUAAUGUCACUUUCCUUUUAAUCAAUUGGCUGUUGAUUAUUAGAGAAUAGCAUAUCAAGAGGGUGAUGUAUAUUAAUGCAAGAUUCCAUAUUUUAAAAGGUCAAUUUAAUAACUUAGAGAAUAUAGAGCCUGUUUG